CACACACACACACACACACACACACACACACACACACACACACACACACACACACACACACACACACACACCACACAAACACACACACGCACACACACACACGCACACACACACACAAGCUCGCUCUCACCCACACCUCCCCGCCUCCAGCCCGCUCAAGGCAUUUCUUUCCCGGCAGUGUGCAGCGCGUUGAGACCCCGUCGCUCACCCUGACAGACCGCCGGCGGCCUCACUGUCGCGGGAGGAAGAAGCGCACUAAAAGCAGGCUUCAGGAACAGUGGCACUACGUUUCUAAAGUGGACCUAACACCGCCCUACUUUCUGGACAUGGGAGACAUGGGGGACCCGCCGAAAAAAAAGCGGCUCAUGUCCCUGUGUGUGGGCUGUGGGAACCAGAUCCACGACCAGUACAUCCUGCGCGUCUCCCCGGACCUAGAGUGGCACGCGGCCUGUCUGAAGUGCGCGGAGUGUAACCAGUAUCUGGACGAGUCCUGCACGUGUUUUGUCCGAGAUGGGAAAACCUACUGUAAACGGGACUACGUCAGGUUAUACGGGGUAAAGUGCGCUAAAUGCAACAUCGGCUUCAGCAAAAAUGACUUUGUGAUGAGGGCGCGCUCCAAGGUUUACCAUAUCGAGUGUUUCCGGUGUGUGGCCUGCAGCCGGCAGCUCAUCCCGGGGGACGAGUUCGCUCUGCGGGAGGACGGCCUCUUCUGCCGAGCCGACCACGACGUGGUGGAGCGGGCCACGAUGGGCGUCGGGGACCCCCUGAGUCCCCUGCACCCCGCCAGGCCGCUGCAGCUGGCAGCAGAGCCAAUCUCCGCGCGCCAGCCCGCGCUGCGGCCCCACGUGCACAAGCAGCCGGAGAAGACGACGCGCGUGCGGACGGUGCUGAACGAGAAGCAGCUCCACACGCUGCGGACCUGCUACAACGCCAACCCACGGCCCGACGCGCUCAUGAAGGAGCAGCUGGUGGAGAUGACGGGGCUCAGCCCGCGGGUCAUCCGGGUCUGGUUCCAAAACAAGCGCUGCAAGGACAAGAAGAGGAGCAUCCUGAUGAAGCAGCUGCAGCAGCAACAGCCCAACGACAAGACGAACAUCCAGGGGAUGACGGGCACGCCGAUGGUGGCGGCCAGCCCGGAGCGACACGACGGUGGUCUGCAGGCCAACCCGGUGGAGGUGCAGAGUUACCAGCCGCCCUGGAAGGUCCUGAGCGACUUCGCGCUGCAGAGUGACAUAGACCAGCCUGCGUUCCAGCAACUGGUCAACUUCUCGGAGGGAGGUCCGGGGUCCAACUCAACAGGGAGCGAAGUGGCGUCCAUGUCAUCCCAGCUUCCAGACACGCCAAACAGCAUGGUCUCGAGCCCGCUAGAAGCGUAGGGCUGCAGGGCAGUUCGGCUGCCCCUGACCUCUGUCUGAGGAAGAGGAGCGUAAGGGACGGGGAGAGACUCGAAGGACCCUCCGAGGUGUCCACUUCUUCUUCUUCUUCUUCUUCUUCUUCUUCACUUCAUUCGAAGACUGUGUACUUCUCCGACUGCACGAAACCUCUUUAUAGCGACGCAACCCCACCGGUUGUCAAUUUUUACACUGUGAAGACAAUCCUAGGAUUUACUACUCCGACCACAUGGCCAGCCCGCAGCGCGACGGUUUUUGCAGAGCAGCCUGCAGCGAGUUGCUGAGGAGAGGGAGCACACCGCCUGGUGUCUCGUGUCUGAUACAUGGAACCACGGAUUUUCCUUCGACCUGCAGGAUUGGUGCUGCUGCUGCAGCAGCUGCAUUUGUCUGGUGAAAGUUUUGCCAAAAGAGAAGACAGAUGUCAACUCCGUCAGUAAAUUCAUAGGACAAACAGGAAAAACAAUCGAACACACUUUGUUGUGUGUGUUCACGAUUUAACGUAAGUGGCACCAAUAUUCGAAAAGGCAAACAAAAAAGAGUUCUCCACGAGGAAGACUGAUUCAUUUUUUUCUAUUAUUAUUAUUAUUAUUGAAGAGCUCGACCAGAUAUGACUCUUGGAAUAGGUCUAAAUAUGUGAGGGAAUCCCAUGCUUUUUCGCUCGAAUUGCAUCGUUUCCUUCAACGCCCCACUAAUAAAGCAUUGCAACAAGGUAUACCUCUAUUCUGCCACAGGCUUUGUGGGCAAUUCGUGUGUGUUAGUGUCCGUCCAAGGUUUUUUUCUUUCCCAAAGAUGUGUAUAGUUCUAAGUUAAAGACGAAUACUGAAAAUGCGUUUUUGUUUGUGCUUGUGCAGCAAAUUAUUUAUUAUUUAUUGUCGAAUUUACCACUUUUGUGUAAUUUUCUUAAUUGAAGUAAAACAGAAGAUUGUACUGCGGCCUCAGACGUGUCUAUCCGAAUUUUGUGUCUCGUCCUAUUUUAUAAUAGCCUGUAUGUGGCCUCAUCGAACGGAUAGGUUAAUGGAAGGCCUAGGUCAUUCAUUUGUUCACCACAACCGUCCUACCUUCAAUCAUUCAAAGGCCUUCAAACAUCUUUACAUCUUAAACAGUAGGCCUAUACAGUCAUGCAUGUCUUGUAGGCAGAUGACUGGAUUACAGGCAACUUCUUGUAGGCAAAAGUGAAUAGGCAUAAUAGCCUCCCAUUUGAUUGGGUUUGGGCCAAGAAGACAAAAAACACCUGAUAAACAAUGCUCGUUAAGAUCUUCCUGCGCGCGAUUGUGUAUAGCUUAAACCUGUGGUAGUUCAAUAUUUAAAUGUUGAACAAUACCAGGAAUGUUCUUAUAGGUAAACUCACCCGAGUCGUAGCUACACAGUGCUAAACAAAUAUGAUCAAAUUCAAUGAAUAGCGUGUGUCCGAGUCUGAGCUCGAACACGGUGGCAUCGCCAGACUGUUGAAAAUUGAUUUUACGAAACUGGCAUACUUUGUCCUGGUAAAAUGUAGGUCGUUUAUUUACCACUCGUUCAAAUGUACGACGGGAAGCUUUCAACGAGUCCAUUUGAGAAUGUGACACGGUAGAAAGUUGACCCUGACCCCAAAAGACACAGAUCAAAAUGAUGCACAUUUCACAAGAAAAGUAGUAAACAUGAACAAAAAAAUGACAGAACAAACAAAAUGAAUUACUUAUGGCAACUAGAGACCUCUAGAGACUUCC